GAGCACACUUGUGCCCUUGCUUUUCGCGAAGCAGAAGAUGAAGAGGCACUAAACGAUGCAAGUCCUACUUAUUUUCCUUUCGCCGAGGACGAAAAUAAUGUCGAUUUUUGGUGCGCGCAUUCGCGAUACAAGUCAGGACCCUACAACACAUUUCAUUCACAAGAAGCGGCGAAAAUCAAACACCCACACACCCUGGCUUGCCGGUCGUCCCACCAAACCGGUGCUCGGAAACGCGCAGAAGUGAGUUCCACGAAAGCUACUUUUUCUGAGGAAAAUCAUGGUCCUCGUGGUCGUUUCUUUGAUCAACGUCCUGUGGCUAAGAGAUUAGACUUCGACAGCGUCGCAGCGGAUGCUGAUCAUCGACCUCCGCAACACGGUUGCCCUCGGCGCGCGCACGAUGAUGCAGCUGCCGUGAGCACAGAACUAGAGAGAUUGAUACCUGGACGAGCCAACGAACACCUGAUUUUUCGUCCACCGCAGCAACAAGUCCCAAUGAGGAGCCUUGAAGAUGGCGACAAGGAGCUGCAACCGGGGGAAAGCAGCAGCAUGAAAACUGACACUGACAACACCGCCCAACAAGAACAAUCUGAACCUGAACUACAGCAUCAACAGGUGACUGGUACUACUAGUAGUACAAUGGACAACUACGCAGGAAAAACAAGCAUGAGGAGAAAACAAGAUGAACACGUUGAUCAACAGCCGCAUUUUGAUAUUCACGGCCCGCCCUACGAUGUGGACUUCAUGGCGACGGCGUGGCAUCAGCAGCAGCGUCAGCCCUGGCCUUACGGACUUGUACCAAGUUGCAACUAUAGUACCCCGCCUGGCGCGGCGCCGGCGGGGUGUUCGUAUUACCACCUAACACCUGCGAUGCUGCACCAGGCGUGGAGCGUGUAUUGUGUUGCGAACACGGGAGGACCUGUUGGACAAGCACAUCAAACAGGGUUCUUUCCUCAGAAUUAUUUUCAGUCGGGUUCUACUAUCAAAGAGCCGGAUUGUUCACGACCUUCGCGUGCCGCGGGUCCUCCUGCGUUUCCGGAGCAACAAGGACCUUCGCGUGCGACGGGUCCUGCUGCGUUUCCGAAGCAACAACAGAUCUAUCGGAGGGGGGACCACCGGUCCGGGUCCCAGUACCCACAAUAUCCUUGUUUCAGCUCCGCACAGGCGCCAGCCAACGCGAACUACUUCUGCCGUCGUGAAGAACAAGAGCAGCUGCAGCCCCAGUUUGGCCAUCAAGAGCAAAAUCAUCAUAACUCGCAGGAGCUGCAACUUCCCAAGAGUAAUAGAAUCAAGCAGAGAGGUAUUAGUAUUCCACAAAAACCAGCACCGGGCACUGUAAUGGGGCACCAUUUUUCAUCGGACCAUUCGCGCAAGAGGGAUCUGGAUCAUCUUCCUCAGCACGAAAUGGAAUACCGGCAGCACGACAAGCAGCGUCUCUCACGAGGACCAUACCUGCAUCAUCCGGCCGUCGACCACCAGCACUAUCCGCGGCCCGCUGCGCAGCACCAGCGUGAUGUGUUUGAGCCAGACUACAAACUGCAAGUGACGCUGUGGAAGGGGGCCAGCAACUGGGAUGUGCCCCCGGGCGACGUAGACCGGAGAAGUAAGUCCACUUGUUGCGGUAAGGGCGGCCAGGGAAGCGUGUUUUGCUGCACGCAGACGGCAACCUUCUGGAAGAAGAUCGAGCGCAAAUACUUCGAUCCGUCCACGAACGGCUUUACCAACAUCCGGCCACAAAGAGCUACUACUUCUGCUGCGUGCUCCUCCCUCUGCUGGUCCUCGUACGGGGAAGACGAAGAGGGCGAGGAAUCGGGUUGUGAGAACUCGUCUUCCACACAAGAAUUCGUUUCGGACCUCCGCGAGCCCUGCCUCUCCGCCUGUAAGCGAGUGCCGUUCAUCGAUGACAAAGCCCGGGAACUGUGCAAUCGCGAACUCAAAAUUCUGCAGGCCCUGCAAAUCCAGCCCCCCGCAGGGGAUGAUGACGACGACGACGAGGGAACUAGUAUGGCAAAAGCAGGCACAUCAACGGGGAAAAAUGCGUUGAAACAUCAUGACACAGACGACGAGUCCUUGCGUACGCCGGAGCGCGCUGAUCACAAGGACCCGAAUAAACCCGGUUUCUGUUCGGGCACGGGGACAAUGUACAACACGUCGGCGCAGCGGUUUUAUGACAUUGCACAGCUCGUCCACGAUGAACUCCGUCUGAAUGUGCAUGAGCCACAGCAGAAACAACGGCUCUGUUGCAGUACGUAGCAGCUUCUGAUCAUUAUGAAUAUACUUGAUUGACGAUAUUUUGAUUUUGCAGACCCUCCCUACUCCUGUACUGUAGCUGUGCGGUCUGUUAAGCAUUACAUUAAGCAUUUGAAUAGGGGUCGGGUUGUGCAAUUUCAUAGGCUUAUUCUAGAGUUCGACAAGUCGGAGGCAGAUCGGCUCGCCAAAACGAGCGCGUGCGAGCUUUUCUACGCAGAGCUGGAAAGGCGGAAGCGAGUGCAAGAAUUGAAGCUCGAAAAGCAAAUCAGCGAAGCAGAACAACGAAGCGAGAAGAAGGGUCCUCAGGGCUCUCACCACGUUCUCGCCGCGAGCUGUUUCUGCAGAGAAAAAGAGCGGCGAGACUCGGCGAAGCUGUUUCUGCAGCUGUUGGGAUACAUGGUCCAGGAUGUCGGCAUUACUUCCUCGUCUUCCGGCGGCCAUCUGGACCUCAUUGUGGAGCGCUGCCUCGGGGCCUCGCUCCACGAGCAGCUAGCGAAGAGUUCGUAUUUCACGGGACGGCCCGAUCCCAAAAACUAUGUCUUCAACGGUCGUUAGCGUACAGAAGUGUGAAUUUGCAGUGAAUUUGUAUUGCAUGACUUGCAUUUACUUAAAAAGAGAAGAGCGCUACGUAUGGACACGAGCCCAAGCAUACCACAUAGCCUGAAGGGCUGCUCGUCGCGUGGUGGCGCUUGCAGCACCAAAAGAGGUGGUCUUUCGGGGGCUCGCCGGGCUGUGUAGUGCGUAUCUAGCGACCAGAGAAGGUGGGUCGGGGGGCUCUUAUUCUUCUGCGCGUCUGCCUCAGAAGUUCCUCUCCGAAAUGGUCGAAAGGGAGGGCGACGCCUGAACACAGGGGCACUAGUUCAACAUGUAUGCUCUCACGAGUUGUGGUUGGCUCGGCUUGGACUUGGAUAUCUGGGAGCAGCCUCGGGUGGAAGGGGAGGCACGAUUCGGCCGCGGACGCUAGCUUGCUUCGCCUGCUGUGCUCUGCUCACAACUCCCCACGUGUCUUUUUGCCUCCGGAGCAAGUCUUAUUCGACGUGAUCCCCAGGUCAAGAAUUCCCUUGGUGAAUUUUGGGACUUUUUGUUUUGGCGACACUUUGUUGAAGCCCCAAAACCCGGAGUUUCUCACGCGCUAGCGAAUUUUGAAAAGGAGCCGGAGGACAAAAUUCACCGGCGUCCUUUUCAAAAUUCACCCCAAAAUUCACCGAGCGCCACUUUUCGACCGUGAUAAGCAAAGUUUAGCGCAGAAAAGUGCUCAAAAAAACGCACAAGUAGACCCUGGGAAGUGGGGCCGAGGGGAAAAGACAGGCGCCCGCUGUUGCCCUAAGCGCCUCUAUAUUCUGCCGAAAAGGCCUGGAGAGUUCACGCGCCUGCCGGAUAGACGCGUCAAAGCUCUCGGCCGGGUCCUUUCGCCUUUGCUUCCGCGCCUUCAUCUUGCCUAAACUGCGCUUAUGUGCUUCGCGGCUCUUGUUUUUGGCGUGUUUGCCGCGGCUGCUGCAGUGCUUGCUCUUUUGCAAGCACAGGAAGACGAAACUCACAUGGCCAAAGAAUGACGCCCAGGCCAUGUCCAGCUGCCCGCCGCAUAAGCCUGGACAACUAACUUCUGCGGUGUGCAGAACCCACUUCCCAGAAGAGCAAAAGGGACAAUGUCCCGGCAGUCUCCUCUGCUAUUUGUCAUGCAAAAUUCACUACAAACUCACCACUUCUCAUGCUAACGAGUGUUAAAGCUCUAACUGUAGGACAAUCCGGGACGGCUAGCGAAGAGUUCGUAUUUCACGGGACGGCCCGAUCCCAAAAAGAGCAGACACAGAGGACUCAACCACGAACACGAUACUGAAGCCGAAGCGCAGGAGAUGCGGCAGCACGCGGAGCUGAUUGUGGUGAAAAUUUUGAAAAAAAUCCUCACCGCGGUCGACUACUUGCACACCGAAAAGCACUACGCGCACCGCGACCUGAAGCCCGCGAACAUGAUGUUCCGCAACGAGCACGCUCUGUCGGGUGCGCACGCGCACGCGAAAGACGUGUACCUGGACCCGGACACCAUCGAUUUUUGCUUGAUCGACUUUGGACUCAGCAAGCAGACACCGAAGACCAACGAGGACCGCUACCGGGGCUGCCACGGGACCCAGGGGUACUUUGCGCCGGAGUGCAUGUACGGACGCGAACACGCGGACGAGCGGAUGGACGAGUUCGCGGUGGGAGUGGUGUUCUAUCAGAUGCUGUUUCAGUACUACAAUCCCUACGGAAUCGCCCUCCCCCCUGAAGUGGAAAAGACUACCGGACCGGGCUCAGCAAGUACGCCGCCUUGUAGUUCCACUUCACAGCUGGGGAAGAGCGACACGGCCGAGGGCGAGCGCGAGCGCGAGUUGUGGCAAGAAGCGCUACUGCAGGCGCUGAAGAAGUACCGGGCUUCACGGCCUGCAAGACGCUCGGCGAACAAAGUACACCACCACGGCCAGCUUUACACACAGGUCGAUGAACACCGAAAAAAACACCAAACUCCCCUCAACCCCGAGGAUUUGCGAUACGAGCUGUUUCCAACCCGCGACCAGCGGUCAGCGCAACAUCUGCACUUCAAUCGAGGCCCAGGCCGAGAUCAGGCGGCGGCGCAACCGCAAGAAAAGGCAGGGUGCGGAAAGUAUUCCAUGGGAAAUUUUAACGUCUCCUUUUGGGAUGUGUCGAUUGGUGUGCCACGUUUUUGCAUGAAGAUCACCCAGUACUUACUUUUAGUUUUUCAUGGCAACUGGCAAGGCAUGUCUGUAUGGGAAGAGACGGCCCCGGGACCGGGAGGACCACGUCUGUGGCGAGCGCAUCUCGAGACAACAUACCUCCAAACGAGAUGGGUUUGCUUGACUAUGAAUGUACAUAAAGAAUUCCACAUCAAAAUCAAGAACUAGGCCUAUAGUAAAACCAUUUCUACCUUUGUUUCGACAGCUCAGAAGAAAAAGCUUUUUGUGUUGCAUACGCCAGUCGAGAGGCAGAAUAAUGUCCACAUGUGGAGAGAUUGGUACGAGCCGGCCCUCGAGUACCUGGGCUGCAAAAUGGAAAAACUGUACCACCAGAAUCUCUCUCGACACGACGAAAUGCCGCUGGCAAACAGCCUAGCGAAAAGUGGUUCUUUAAUGAAGAAGCAAGACAGUUUUUCCUCCACAAAGGCGAGCGAAAGUAGAACCUCAUCCAGCUCGAGUAGCACGGCCCGCACCAUUUGCUCUCCGACUCCGGGCCACAACAUCAGCAGAAUCAAGAACAAACCCCUUGACCACUUGAUCAAACCCCAGCAGCUACGCGAAGAAGAUGACUUGAUUCUGCCAAUAAAAAACGCUUCCUCUACUAAGGCCGCCGCCUGGCCUCCGACAGGGACAUCAUUGCGCGCUUCGGACCGGCGCGUGCUGCAACACGAGAAGAAAGUCUGGAAGGACAUUGAAAAUGAGACCACGGUGGCCGCCGUGGGACCUGCUGGCGCCGGACCCGGCAUGAUUUUUCAUUCGCCUUUCCUCUCGAAGAAAGACGUAGUGCUGCAAAAGGAGGCACUGGUGCACGAGCGUGAUGGGAGCCACAGUGACGUUCACGUUGGUAGAACAAAAAACACUACGGCGAAUUGUCCUUCCACGAGCUCCACCGCCUCGCUGGGCUUGUGGAAAAUGAAAAACCCGCUGUUAAGCCACACACUGAGGGAGGACAUGGGGCACCGGGUGGACACGCUGAACUUUCCAGAUCUACAGUUUCCGGAGUUUGCCGAAACGCUGCUGUUCGGGCUGCUGGCACCUUUUCCGGAUGCCCGCCUCCGGGCGCGAGACGCGCUGUCGAUCGUGCUCGAGUGGGAAGAGGCACUGCUGCGCAAAUUCGGCAUGAUGGAACAAGACCACGAAACAGCACGAGAAAAGGCCUGGUCGACAUGAAACAUGAACGGAGCAAGAUGAAGACUGACAUGACAACAACACCGGGGCUGGUUGGUGAUUUUAGCUAACUGCACACUUCAACACCGUCCAACUAUAGUACUAUAACCGUGGAGAAUUUCUGGUUUGUGUGCAAAGAACCAGCGCUGUGUCGCAGCGCAACCUGACUACACUCUCGUGCUUAUGUGCCUGCUGUACAAGUACUGCGAGCGUACGCGUUGUACGGUCAAAGGGGCAAGUAGAAAGAGGUCACAGCCUGUCGGGUCUGUUCUUUCCGUCGCUUCUUUCUUGGUUAUUGCGAAGCACUACCUGCUACUAGCAGGACCAGAAGACAGCCGCAGACCCCCAGUUCCAAUACAUACAAAGUCUCAAUACACUCACUUGUUCCGUGUAAAGAAUAGCAGACGAUAUUGACAGUGCGGACAAAGAAUUAUGUAGCGAAAGCACAAGGAACUGGAACAGUGUGGGAAAAUAAAGCUGCAGCUGUGCGCUUUUAUGUAUACAUAAAUAACUCCAACUCGUUCUCGUACUGCUCCUGCCUAUAGCUACAGCCUGUCGCUCGCGGCAUCUGGUCGGUAGUGGUGGUGUUGUCCGUCCCGACCACCGGACCUACCGGUGAAUGACGAUGAGCUGCAAACUUUUGGUAAUGUUUUACCCUUUGGUAAGAUUGCCGUACUACUUAGUGCGUCGCUUCAUAUAUUAGAAAACUGUACUUACUAAACAACCAUCUCUGUCGUAGAUAGUAAAACGCAAAGUGUAAAAUUCGCAAGCGGCCAUUUAAUACAAGAUACUAGAUAAUUCAGCGAGCGACAAUGAAGUCACCCCUUAUUUUGAAGCAGAGUUAGGACGAGGUAUUCUUGCCUCUUUUAUUUCAAGAGAUUUGUAUACGUUCUUUCAUGCCAGAUGCCAGAGCCAGGGCGAAAAAAAAUUACCGUAAACGUAUCUGAGUAUCGAAGGUACUAGAACGGCUACACAAGUGAGGCCGACCAGCAAAGAUAAAAUGUCGUCAACAGUCUUGAAACAGCACUGUUGUGAAGUCGAAAAAAUGGAAUACGAAUGGUUGUGUGCAUGAUGCAUGGAAGACGAAGAAAUAGAUCAUGCUUACGCGCUUGUUUCCAACUGCGUUCCUUGGUGGUCCGUCGUGUAUCACUGUCGAAAAUAUUGAGCCAUGCAAGAAGGCUGCAGCACUCGGGCAUUUUAGUACGCUUCUGACAAACCAAAUUGGUUUGUGAAGAGCUCUAAGAAGCGCUAUGCUUUUUUACGAAGAUGAAAACGUCUAUUUCGUCAAUCCACCUGCAUGGUGCCUUACUAGCAGUAAUGGGAAUCAUGGUCGGACAGCAUGUUCAUCAUGAAGAACAACUAAAACUUAUUUGUAGAGAAGCAAGUGGUUAAUGAUAUCUGUUCGAACGUAUAUGCCAUAUGAAAAAAAACCUAUACCCACCGGAAAAGGCAAAAAUAAAAUGAUCUACAAAAGGUGUACAGCGACGCAAACAAAAGUCUGUUUUCUCUGCCUUGUAAAUGAUUAUGAUAAAUGAUUACGUUACUGUACUAGCUUACUCUAACUAUGAAAAUGUAUAACUCGUAAUGCACAAAGGCUAAUGACAAGGCUGGCAUGGUGUACGGCACGAAAGCUAAGAAAAAGUUUUCGCAAGAAAGUGAACUACUAUAGCGGUAUCAUACCCGCGAGGUGUUGCGAGAAACUUCAACAAGGCCCAUCUGUCUCUACUGCAAAAACUGCCUACAGCAAUAGCAGGUACUUACUAGAUGAUCUUGCGAAUACAAGAAAAAACACCACUGUUGUGGUUACUACCUGGAUUGCGAUUGGUGACAAAGUUCUCAUGUCUCUUUCCAAUUUUGCCGUAUGCUCCUCGGGUCUGAAAAAAGACAAACCAU